AUGUGGCUUCCCAGCAAGGACAAUGCACUCGCUGACGCCUUGUCUCGUUAUCAGUGGACCGAGGUUUGUCGCCUGGACCGCCCGGCCUUCUGGGCAGCCCUGCGGUGGCGUGCUCAGCGUUCCUCUCUGUGUAUCUAUAUCCCAUUCAUUCGCUGCACCCCCUCGCAUCUUGAUCAUCGACUGGCGAUGUCUACGCCUACCCCUGUCACCAUCCUCGGCAGCACUGGUCUCACCGGCUCCGAGACUCUUCAGGUCCUCCUCACCUCCUCAAACCCCUUCUCCAUCACCACCGCCACCCGCCGCCCCAUCCCUUCCCCCUUCCCCAAAUGCAAACCCACAAACGCCCAAACAGUCCUCGACGAACGAAUCUAA